CUUUCUCAUCCCCUUGUCAAAUAUCUGCAACUCUACCUAACUCCAAACAACCCACCAAGAAGUCAAUAUGGAGGCCAUUUUUGCUGCUCAGAACAAGCUCAAGGCAAGCCGCAACCUCUCCAAGAUCAAGGUAGUCUACAACAAGAACUACCAACGACAUGGAACGAAGUCAUACGUCUAUCUCCUCAACCGCUUCGGCUUUGAGCCAACGAAGCCUGGCCCCUACUAUCACGCCAAGCAGGUAAACCAACGAGGACUCGCCGGCUCCAACAAGGCGGUAGGAGGGCGCCUUCGCACGGACCACGUUCUGGUCAAGAAGGUCGACGCCGAUGGAAACACUGGCCAGGUCACGGCCGAGGACCAGCAGAAUGACUCCAUGUACCUUUCCGAGGUCACCAUCGGUACUCCUCCUCAAAAAUUGAUGUUGGACUUCGACACGGGCUCUGCCGACUUGUGGGUAUUCUCUACUGGACUGAAGAACCCCGGUUCAGGGCACAACGUGUUCGAUUCCUCCAAAUCAUCCACUUGGAAGGCGCUGUCGAACGAGACAUGGAAGAUCCAAUACGGCGAUGGAAGCACCGCAUCUGGCACCUGUGGGACGGACACCUUGACUGUCGGCGGUCUUUCUGUCGAGAAACAAGUCAUCGAAGAGGCAACCCAAAUGUCUGACCAGUUCGCCCAAGGCUCUGGUGACGGUCUUCUUGGCCUGGCGUUCGGAGCCAUCAACACAGUCAUGAAAAACGGAAAGUCCCACCCCGUGGCGACACCGGUCGAGAACAUGAUCUCGCAGCAAGAUAUCCCCAAGGAAGCAGAGCUCUUCACCUCGGCCUUCUACAGCGAUAGAGACGGUGCGAGCGCCGCCGAGUCCUUCUACACCUUUGGCUUCAUCGACCAGGACCUCGUCACGAAGUCAGGCCAGGAAAUCAGCUGGGUUGACAUCGACAACUCUCAGGGGUUCUGGCAGUUCCCCUCCACAUCUUACAGCAUCAACGGCAAAUCGACCACGGUCAGCGGCAACACUGCUAUUGCCGACACCGGAACCUCCCUGGCGCUCGUCUCUGACCAAGUCUGCGAGGCGCUGUACAAGGCUAUCCCUGGCGCCAAAUACGACGAAACGAACCAGGGCUACGUCUUCCCCAAGGACGCCAAGAUGCCCAAGUUCAGCGUGGCCGUCGGCGACAAGGAAUUCGUCAUCAGCGGGCCUGAUUUGGCUUUUGCUGAUCUUGGGGAUGGCAGCAACAACGUGUACGGAGGUGUUCAGAGCCGUGGAUCACUGGACUUUGACAUUCUUGGUGACUCGUUCCUGAAGAAUGUCUACGCAAUUUGGGACCAGGGCAAUAAGCGGUUUGGCGUUGUUCCUAAGAUCUGAUUGUAUUCGCAACCGUCAACGUAUGUGUAUAUGAGAAAUGACGGAUGGCAUGG